AUGGCUGAAGAAGACAAAUAUACGAAAGAUGGUACGACAGAUUAUCGUAACAGUCCUUCAAUCAAACAGGAAACUGGGACCUGGAAAGCAUGUCCUUACAUCCUUGGAAAUGAAUGUUGUGAGAGGUUGGCAUAUUAUGGGAUCAACACAAAUCUGGUAAAUUAUCUCAAAUUUCAAAUGAACGAGAGCAAUGUUGUGGCAGUUACUAAUGUUACGAAUUGGUCUGGUACGUGCUAUGUUACACCUCUGCUGGGUGCCUUUCUAGCCGAUGCUUAUAUGGGACGAUAUUGGACAAUUGCAACCUUCUCAAUCAUUUAUGUCUUUGGGAUGACAUUGUUGACAUUAUCAGCAUCAGUCCAUGGGCUAAAACCGUUUUGUGAUGAGAAAAAUGUGUGCCACCCGACUGGCCUUCAAACCGGAUUUUUCUACCUUGGCCUUUAUCUAAUCGCCCUAGGUACCGGGGGUAUCAAGCCGUGUGUUUCUUCCUUUGGUGCAGAUCAAUUCGAUGAUUCUGAUGAGGCCGAAAAGAAGAACAAAAGUUCUUUUUUCAACUGGUUUUAUUUCUCAAUCAAUAUAGGUGCCCUUGUUGCUUCUACUGUUCUUGUAUGGAUACAAACAAAUGUAGGGUGGGGAUGGGGUUUUGGCAUCCCAGCUGUGGCCAUGGCAGUUGCUGUGGUCAGUUUUUUCUCGGGUACCCGCCUUUAUCGCAACCAGAAGCCCGGAGGGAGCCCCUUAAUCCGGAUAGGCCAAGUGCUAGUUGCAUCCUUCAGAAAAAUUGGAGUACAAGUGCCUCAGAAUAAGUCUCUUCUUUAUGAGACUGCAGAUGAAAGAUCUGCUGUUCAAGGAAGUAGAAAACUUGAUCACACAAAACAGUUCAGUUUCUUCGACAAGGCUGCUGUGGAGACACAAUCAGAUCGUAUCAAGGGCUCGAUUGAUGCCUGUCGACUCUGCACCGUCACUCAAGUUGAAGAACUUAAAUCAAUUAUACGUUUGCUCCCCAUAUUGGCUACUGGGAUUAUUUUUAGCUCGGUGUAUAGCCAGAUGGGCACAUUAUUCGUUCUACAAGGCAACACGAUGGAUCUUCAUAUGGGCAAAUCAUUUGAAAUCCCAUCGGCUUCUCUAUCCCUAUUUGACACGAUCAGUGUCAUUUUUUGGGUUCCUGUCUAUGAUUGUCUUAUCGUUCCUUUAGCCCGAAAGUUCACAGGAAACAAGAAUGGCUUCACACAGCUUCAAAGGAUAGCAAUUGGACUUGUUAUCUCCAUUUUUGCCAUGUUGACAGCAGGUACACUGGAAAUGACAAGACUCAGAAUUGUCAGAGAGCAAAAUUCCUAUGAUGCUAAACAUAUGAACAUGUCAAUAUUUUGGCAAGUUCCACAAUACUUCAUCAUAGGAUGUGCUGAGGUGUUCACAUUCAUCGGACAACUCGAAUUCUUCUAUGAGCAGGCACCUGACGCAAUGAGAAGCCUGUGUUCAGCCCUGGCGCUCACCACAGCCGCCCUCGGGAAUUAUUUCAGUACUUUUCUGGUGAAUAUUGUUACAGAUAUAAGCACGAGGGGCGGGGGUCCUGGAUGGAUACCUGAUAAUCUGAAUUAUGGGCACCUGCACUAUUUCUUCUGGCUUUUGGCUGUGUUAAGUGUCCUUAAUUUAGGGGCGUAUCUCCUAGUUGCGAAGUGGUAUACCUAUAAGAGGGCAGUAGGUCCUUCUAUUGAUCAUACAAUGGCAUGA